UCAACACCAACUGCGUCGAGAAAAAUAUAUUCUGCAUGCCUGGCAAGCGACGUCAUGUCAUAUUAAAGUUACUGUAGGCAGAACUUUUUCCUCCAAGUUAUGGCACUUCAUUUAUUAUACUUACAUUUUAUAACUAAAGUUAAGUAUAUGCGACACAUAUUGCGAUGAGAAAAGAACAGGUGGAUGAUAGACUGUCGAUGAAGAGCGCGCACCACAGACAUGGCGUCUAUAGUAUUUUUUUACGCGGAAGCCAUGUCACCAUGCGCGCGCAACCUUUGCUAACAAACAACCAAGACAAAAGGAAGAGACUCCUAGCUAGAGCAUUAUGACCGCUUCUCCUUCAUCCUGCGACCAUCAAGAGGACUGGGGCGAAGAGAUGAUGGAGUUGAACAAGGAUUUAGAGAGAAUGAUUGAAGACGUGGAAAAUAUAUCAGUACAGCUGACGUGGAUGGCCUAUGACAUGGUGGUGCAGCGAACCAGUCCUGAUCUGGGGGACUCCAUUCGUCGGCUGGAGGAAGAGUUUCUUCGCUGCAGGGCUGUCAUCUGUGGCUCCCCUGGGGAACAGGAGCCGAACCAGGGAAAGGACCAGGGGAUGGGAUAGGAACUGGGACAGGGGCUGAACCAAGUUAUGGGGAUGGAGUGUCCUAGACCUGUACAUACCACCGCCAUCCCACUGACAGAUGUGAUUGGCCGUGAUUCCAGGAAUAUUUGAUGUUCUGAAAUGGACCUUAAUCCAAAGAUAGCCUGUGUCCUGUAUGCUUGUCUACAAUGUUGUUGCAGUUAUAUGUAGACUAGUCUCAUCUCUGCAGCAGCAACCACUGCCCCACACUGCAUGCUGUCUAAGCUGAGCAGCAGGCUGUUGUAUGGUGCUGUUGUAUGUAGGUUAUUGUUGUGUGUCAUGUACCUUUGGACAGGGUGUUCAAUUAGCUUUAGUGUUGUGUUCUGAAUUUGUGGUUUGGUCAAGUAAUAAGAUAAACUUGAAU